AUGGGUGCUACCUUGUUGGUUGGUUUCUCCUUUGUCAUUGGCGGCGUUGUCCUCCGUGCCAUCGGCAGCCUCGCCUGCAGAGCAACAGUUGCCCAUGGGGAACGGAGGGAGGAAAACCCGAAGUCCGGAAAUGAAGGAAAGAGAUAUAUAAGGCUGAAUGGGAAGGGUGAUCUCAAGACACUUUCUGCAUCCAGUAGAAAGACACCAAAGAACAAAGAUCUCUUCCAGAAAAGCCAAUAUCAUUAA